CGAACUGGAAGGACAACACACGCUGUGUGUGUGUGAGAGCUACACCCGGCCUGCCUGUGCUGGGGGGGCUACACCCGGCCUGUGGCAAGGUGUCUCUGUUUGUGCAUCGGGAGCCGAUUUGCCCAUGGCCAAUAACCAGCCAGCGACUGUCCGACUGUACAACCCCCCCGCACACCCUCCCUCCCUCCUCCGCCUGUUGGCAGCGGGGAGGGUGUGAAACAGGCGCAGGGGAGGUGUAGCCUGGGCAGUUUCAGCAGAAAAAGAGCUGGGAUGGAUCCGGGAACCGGCUGGAUGGAUUAAACCGGGGAGGGGGGGCUGGGGGGGAAGCCUGGGGUCCCCCCCUUGCACCCCUGGAUUGGGGCCACACACACACACACACAGCGGUUGUGCAUCCACCGAUCCAGGAAGCAGAACAGCACAUUCCAGAGAGGAAAGACAUUGGGGUCGGGGGCUCAUGGCUCUUAGCCCGGCCUGACCCCGCCCCCCGGGCCCCAGCAUGGAGGUCAAAGGGCAGCUCAUCACCUCCUCCAGCUACAGCUCUGCAGAUGCCCUGGGGUGGGAACCCGGCGCCCGGCUGCGGCUGCAGGAGCUGCUGGAACGGCAGCGGGGCCUGCGGGAGGCGCUGGGCCUGCGGGUGGCCGAGUUGCGCCGGCUGUGUCUGCAGGAGGCCGAGCUGACAGGGAAGCUGCCCCCCGAGUACCCACUGGAGCCGGGGGAGAGACCCCACCUCGUCCGGAGAAGAGCAGUGCCCGCCCACCGGGGACCUGGAGCCGAGGCGCUGGCGUGGGAGCUGUGCCGGGAGCUGGCCGUGCAGCGGCAGGUGGUGGAGGCCGCUCGGCGCCUGGCCCUGGCCCCGGAGCUGACGGAGCAGCAGCGGCGCCGGCGCCGGCAGGUCCAGGCCGAGGCGGCCCAGCGGCUGCGGGAGCUGGAGGGGCAGCUGGGGGAGACGCGGGCCCGGCUGGGGGCGCCCCGGGGAGCACACGAUGAGGCGUUCACCUCCGAGAACAGCUCCCUCUCCGAAGCGGCCAGUCACGAGAACGAUGACCCCCACGGUUUCCAUCCGCCCAAGGGGGGCCCUUCGUCCCCCCGCAGCCGGGAUCACCUCCGCGCCGUGUCCGGCAGCCCCGACCGCCGGCCCGGCUGGCGAGGGCCCCCCAUGGAGCUGGGCGGGGGGGCCGCCAGCCGCCGCAGCUCGCUAGCCAGCCCUACCAGCCCGAAUCGGACCCUGCCCCGGAGCGUCUCCAGCUUUGAGGGCCGGAGCGUCCCAGCGACCCCGGUUCUGACCCGGAACAUCUGCAGCGGGAGCCAGAACUUCAGGCCGGACGCCCCCCCAGCCGCCCGCCAGUGGUCGGGGAGCCAGGACUCCCAGCUUGGCCCCCCCAGCCGGGACCCCAGCGCCGAGCGGGCCCCCCCCGCCUUCGCCGCCCGCACCCGCCGCAGCAACAGCUCGGAGGCCCUGAUCGAGCGGGGGGCUCCCCCCGAAGACCCCCCCUUCCGCGGCCCGCCCCGGCCCCCCUACGCCGAGAUCCUGCUGGACUAUUACCUGGAGCGCCAGGGCUGGCCGGCGGGCGACCACCUCUCGCGCCGCGACGCCCCUCCGCCGCCCGGCUGGGGAUACCCCGAGAGCCCCCUGCCGCGCCGGGCGGGACGUGCCAAGUCCUGCGGGCCCCCUCCCCAGAGCCAGCCGCCCCCGGCCCCCCAGCGCCCGCCCCGGGCCGUCCACAAAGCCUUGGCCCUGGAGGGGCUCCGGAACUGGUACCUGCGUAACGCCGGGGGGGGCCCGCCCCCACCCCGGGACAGGAGAGGGGGGCCCCCCCGCGGCUGGCCCGAACCCCACCCCCGGCCGGAGACGGGGGGCUACCUGCCACAUUCGCUGAGCUACGCUGGGCAGCCGCUGCAGGGCAGACCCUUCGCAGACCUCCUCUACCCGGACGGGCCCAGCGCCCCCUCCCCCGGCCUGGGGCCCCCCCUGGAUGUGGAGAGACACCCCCCAGGGACGCUGGUCUGACCUCCCGGGGCGGGGACGGCCAGGGGUUAACCUCACAUGCUGGGGGGACGCUCCCCUGCUGGACAGGGGUGUGUGGGGCGCCAGGCGGAUUGGAGGGGGGGAGAUGCACCCGUUUACCCCCCCCCCCACUAGGGCGUUGUGGGGCACGGAUUCCCCCCUAUGGGAACCUCAACCUGCCCCCGCCCACAUUCAGAUAUGGGGGGCAGGUCCUGGCUGGGGAAUCAGCCACCUACUGAACCCCCACCGGCACUAACUGGCCCCCCCAAAAACCCUCCCCCUUCUUAAAGUCUGGACAGACGGCCCCCCCUGCCCUAUCAGCUCCCUGACCCCCCCCCAAUAUUCCCUCCCCUGCACCCCCCCAUCACCACAUCCCCCUCCCCCCAUCCAGUGAGCCUCUCCUACAACACCCCCCCCCCCAAUCUGGCUCAUUUAGGAAACGAACUCAAACUCGACAUUCCAGCCCUGGCCGGCGGCCAGUGGAUUUUCCUUUCAAAGUUGCACACGAAACAAGAACGUCACUUUUUAUUUUUUCCUUUUCCUACUGGAUUUUAUUUCGGGGGAAGUGGGGUGGGGGGACGGGGACUCUACCCCCCCCCCAGGUCCCGUCCCCCCUGCGUGCACACCCACCUCCCCCGGGCCACAUGUUAGUAGCGACAGGCACCAACAUGCGACAGGCUCUGAGCCUCGACUUUGUCCCGUUCCCAGCGUGUGGAUUGUAGCGGGAAUUUCUAUGGCGAAUGUCAAAUGGGUCACGGUGCAGAACGGGGUUUGUAUAAUACAGAGCGCAAAGGCGA